AUUUUUUGUGUGAGUUUAUUAACUUUUCAUUUAUCAUCAAACGGAUAACGAGUAGGUGUAAUAUUUUUGGUGAAUAAUUUGCGCAUAAUCAUAGAAAUCUAAACAACGACGGCCGAUUGCGUGAUAGCGUGGAACAUUUGCGAAAGUUUCUUACAAUUAAAUUAAGAAAUAUUUGUGUUAGCCGCACUGUUAAGUAUGUCAAGUGUUGGCUAAUUUCAAGCAUAUCAAAUUGAAUUACAGCUGCAGAUACUCGUUAGCUGUUUUUAUUGUGCCUUAAAAAACAAUCGAUAGCGAAAAUUCUGUGCCUUAUACAUAGUACUAAUUAAUAAGACCAACCAUAAAUAGUGGGUUAAUAAAGUUCUUCCGUGCAGGCGGCGGGCCAAAUUCGUGUACGUGUACACUUAUUCACAUUAAAACCCCUCGACGAAAGGUAAUACAUAAAAAUUAUACAUUUUUAGAAACCCAAAGCAGUGUAUGGGGAUAAAGAUUGUGUAAUUAAUAUGCAAAUGGCCAACGAUACUACAAAAAGGUGCGUGUGGCUGUCGCUGCUCCAGUAAUAGCAACAACUGACUGAAGCGUUGUCGCCGGCGUCGACGCCGACUGAUUACCAUUGUUGGAAAUCGUGUACGUUGGCGCAACAAGUCCAAUUGUGGGUUGGUUGAAUGUGUCUAGCAGCUAACGUGAACGUGAAAGGCGGAUGAUAGCAAACGACGGCGUCAACGAAGUUUACAACAACAAAAGCGACAUUAGCGAAUACAACGAACGACGCUGCGAAGCUAGAAAUAACAAGUGCUUGUGCAGACCAAAGCAAGUCCAAUUAGAUAGCAAUGCCGUUGAAAUUUCUGAAAAAGUGUCGUCAAUACAACGUGACUUCGAAGAGCCUGUUUGUCAUCUCUGUGCAUCAUUUAUUGGUCCGACAAAGGCUGUGCAAAUAGCAGCCGCGAUUUCCAGGGACAACUACAACACAAAACUAUCACGUAGUCAAUGCAUAAAAUUAGCUUCGGACUGGAACAGACCUUUUUAAUACCGCCCACAUCCUCACCAAAACUCGACCACCAAUUUACUCAUUUAGUGCAACAACACUCACUAUAGAGCACAUACUAACAGUAUUUCCAAACUCGAAGAUUAAUAAAAGCAUUAAAGACAUCUGGAUUAUAAAAAUAGAAACAUCGAAGAAAUAGAAAAAUCAUUCGAAAUUCAUCACCUCAAUAAUCAAAUCUAACUAAAAGCGACAUCAACAAUGGCACUCAAUGACCUAGACGUCCGGUGCUGACAUUAUACUUGGCAAAUUUAUUUUGCAAAAUAUGCUGA